AUGGCUCCUCCUAGACCACUUUUCCAAGGGAAACAAUUCUGGUUAUCACACAAUAUUCCCCAACGAAGUAGAUUCAAAGACCUUAUUCAGCAACAUGGUGGUGUCAUAAGGCUCCAUGAGAAGGAUGCGGAUGUAAAGUUAGUUGAUCAUGCCAGAAAAAAUCUUCCGCCGGACACGUAUUCGUAUCGGUACGUUGAGCGAUCUGUUCGUAAUGGAAAGCUGGAGGAUCUCGAGAGUCACAGAGCUGGGCCAUCCCCAGCUCGCGCUGUCGGGGCCACAAAUAUUCCAACCAGAAGACAUCUGAUCCCAUAUACUCUGGAAGAUGACCGGUGGCUAUGGGACCAGAUGGUACCGUAUGAGAAAGACCCCAACGCCUUCAUAGGAGGCAACAAAAUAUAUGAGGAAUUAGCUAUGCAGAACCCCCGUCACACCUAUCAGUCAUAUCGUGACCGGUAUCUAAAAAGGCUUCGUGGGCGCUCGCGUCCGGGGGGCAUGCCGAAACCAGAUCUUCCUGCUUCCGCUGAGAAGGACAGUCGCCAGAAAGCCACACAGAGGGAGCAAUCCCAGGAUGAUAAUGGAGUUAUUCAUGAGCUAGGCGAUAAGAAACGAAAACAUACACCGGAACACAACUCUGAUCUUGAAUUAAAUGGAAUGCACCUUGCGAGUCAAAAGAGGAGAGCGAUCGACAAGAUACCCAAAGACUUAAUUCCCACUAUGAUACACACACAACAGAACAAAUCCCCACAUAUUGAAAGUACUCCAACACCCGCAACUUUAGUUGCUAAUGAGGCACAUAUAACUCACGACCCUACCACAAACAUAUCGGAGCCUGUACAACCCCAAAAAACAAAGUCCCCAGACCAUGAUCCAGAAAACGCCCUUGAUCCCUUGUUUUUAGAGCUGCCUUUCUUACCGUCAAGUCCAGACUCCGAGCCCGAAGAGCCGCCAGAGCAAGACAUCGAUACGUGGAUUGAUCAUCGCUUGCAAACAGGGAGAGCACAAAAUGAGGAGCAAAUAAUCAAGGCUUUACGCUGCACUAGCAUGGACCCGCAUCUUGCCGAUAAGGUCCUUGACUAUCUGACUGCAGGAGAAGGCAUUCCUGACAAUAUGCCUGGAGUGUGGACAGCUGAAGACGACAGGUGUUUCGAGGCUCAAGAGACCCGAACCAUCGAACAAGUCUUGAAAAAGCAUGGCUCGGAUGCGUUUAACAACCGGUGGGAAUAUCUUGGAAUGGCAAGAGCUGCUGGCCUCGAUGGGUCAGAUAGCUGA